CGAGAUCAAGUCCAGACAGAGAAGCUUAAAUGAUGCUAAUCCAUCCAGUCCACGUAACUCCCGCGAUAUUUUUUUCAACGACGACUUUCACCAUCAUCAUCAUCAUCAUCAUAUCUGAUUCUGAUUCUGAAUCAGUUGUUGUACGCCAUGGAAGCCCUAAUCAGCUCAUCUUCUGCUACAAUCACAUCAUCCUCUUCUCCCUUUUCCAUUUUCUCUCCCAGAAAGACUCUCCCUUUGCGACCUGUUCAGCUCCCCCUCGCCUCCAAAGGAAACGAGAACGAAUCCAGUCCAAGUUCGGAUUCCAAAGACAUCAAAAAUGUUCCAGUUCUUAGCAAUCGCCAUCUCUCCCUCUCACCACUCUCCAAGGAUGCGGCAAUGGGACUGGUGAUGAGUGCGGCGACAGGACGAGGGUGGACUACAGGUUCUGGAAUGGAAGGGCCUCCUGCUCCUGCUGGGAUUCACACCCACUCAAGCACAGAGAAUGUCUCCACUUUUCCCUGGUCUCUCUUCACUAAAUCGCCUCGCCGUAGGAUGCUUGUAGCUUUCACUUGUAACAUUUGUGGGCAGCGGACAACGCGGGCAAUUAACCCCCAUGCAUACACCGAUGGAACUGUCUUUGUGCAGUGUUGUGGAUGCAACGCAUUUCAUAAGCUCGUGGAUAAUUUGAACCUGUUUCAUGAGAUGAAGUGCUAUGUGAGCCCAGGUUUUAAUUACAAAGGUAAUGGAUGGGAUGCUGUUAACUUCAAAUAUCUGGAAAUGGAUGAUGAUGAUGAGGAUGGCAUGUUUCCCAUUCAGUGAGGCGGAUGGACCACUCAAGGAGUAUGUAUAUUCUGCACUAGUGUAUUGGAACCUUUGAUUAGUCUUCACAUGUAUAUGUCAUUAUCUAGGUUUAUCCUUGUCACAUUUUUAAAAUUCAGCAUUGGGUUGUCUAGAAGCUUAGUAAGAGAUGUUUGAACGGCUAAAAAGAUUACAGAUUACUCUUAUUUGAAGCUUAUGUAUAGUAGGUGUCUAACAAUGUGCAAAUCUGAAUGCAAUGCCAGAAUUUUUAAGCUUUAUUCAACA